CAUCGGUGGACAAGACGAACAAAUUGCCAUCGAUAUCUUAUAAGAAGAAUACAGCUGAAUUUCACAUGAAAUUUUAGAUCAACAAUCUUUUAAAGAUACUUUUUGAAAUUUUCGAGUAUAAGGGUAUCCAACAAUGUCUAUUGCAUCAAUAACUGCUAGGCAUGCGUUUGGUAUCAAAGGCGAUGUUCCCAACAACAUUUUUCAUUUGGAUGAACAAACUAUUGUCUAUCCAACUGGAUCAAAUUGUAUCUUGUACAACAUCGAUCAGAAAUCACAACGAUUUAUUCCUGGCACAGAUAAAAGUCCUGGUAUUACAGCCAUGGCGGUUAGCCCUAACCGACGUUAUCUAGCCAUCGCUGAGAGGGGAGAGAAAGCAACGAUCACAAUUUAUGAUUUACACACCUUGAGGAAAAGAAAAGUGCUUACAUAUACAGAUGGUGCGGCGACAGAAUAUGUUAGUUUAGCUUUUUCCCCUGAUUCCAAGUAUUUGAUAUCUCAGGGUGGCAAACCAGACUGGAUCUUGUUGUAUUGGACUUGGGAAAAGGCAAAAGUUAUGGCCUUUGCGAAAGCAACAAAUCAGACAAACUCACCAGUGCAUCAGGUGUCGUUUAAUCCUCAGGACAACACACAGCUUUGUGUUGUUGGCCAAGGAAUUUUCAAACUUUUCCGCUACAGUGAAGGAAAUCUGAAACAGUUUGCGUUCCAAAAAUUGGAUCCACAAAAUUUUCUAUCUCACGCUUGGCUCUCUGAUGAAAAGAUUGUGGCAGGUACAGACACUGGACGACUACUUUUGUUUGAGUCAGGAGAAUUGAGAAAUGAACUUCAUGUAACAGGAGCUGCAUCUACUGGAGUAAAGAUGGCAGGCAUGGCUGCCAUACCUGAAACAAGCUCUGGUCAAGAUCUGCUACCAAAGGUCACAAGUAUAGCUGCAUUUUCCAAAGGAUUUGUUUGUUCAGGCGGAGCCGGCUUCGUUCAUUUGUUUGAGAAAACAGACGAAAAAGACGCGUUUAAGAAAACGAGAGAGAUCAAAGUUCCAGUAGAUAGUCAGAGUCCUGAUCCGCAAGCCUCGAUCGCAAAUCAGAUCAUCUCUACAUUGACAGUCAGCCCUUCUGAGGAGACUUUGGUGUGUAGUACCAAGGCAAAUCAGAUGUACUGUAUUACAAUGUCCAGUGCUGAUUUAGGCAAGGGUGAUCAAGUGACAUUUGAGCUGCUCUGCCAAUCAUUUCAUAACGGUGUAAUAACAGGUUUGGAUGUUUGUAUUCGCAAACCACUCAUCGCUACGUGUAGUCUGGAUCGUUCCGUUCGUAUAUGGAAUUAUGAAACUUGUUCCCUGGAGUUAUCUCGCGAGUUUCAAGAGGAGUGCUAUAGUAUCGCUCUUCAUCCAUCAGGACUUUACAUAUUGGUUGGAUUCAGCGAUAAGCUGCGCUUAAUGAAUCUUCUCAUUGAUGAGAUCAGAACGUUCAAAGAGUUUACAAUACGAGGAUGCCGUGAGUGCUCGUUCAGUAAUGGUGGACAUUACUUUGCCACAGUUCACGGAAAUGUUAUUCAAUUGUACUCGACCACAACGUUUGAAAAUGUCGGAAAUUUAAAAGGACACAAUGGAAAGGUUCGGUCAGUUAUCUGGAGUCAAGAUGACACUAAAAUUAUAUCUUGUGGUAUGGAUGGAGCAGUGUAUGAAUGGAAUGUGUACACUGGAAAACGUGAUGGUGAGAGUGUUUUGAAGUCGUGCAGCUAUACUGGUGUGGCUGUUUCCCCUGAUGGUAGAACCACAUACGCUGUUGGUUCAGAUAAGACUCUGAAAGAGAUUUGUGACUCACAGAUUCUUCGUGAAGUGUCGUCGAGUGAAAUGGUCCUAACUCAAGUGAGCAUGUCUCGUUCAGGUCGUAUGCUGUUUGUAGGGACCAGCACUGGUACUGUUCGUGUUAUGAAGUUCCCUUUAACAGUUCCUGGCGAAUGGCAGGAACAUCAAGCACAUACCGGAGCUAUUACGAAGAUGCGAAUGUCGUUUGACGACCAAUAUCUUUUUACCGUGGGCGAGGAUGCAUCCUUGUUUAUCUACAAAGCAACAGACAAAGAAGGCCGUGGUUUAAAAAGAGACAAAGAAAUUGUUUAUGCAGACGAAAUUCUUAUCACCAAGUCGGAUUUGGAAGAAAAGAAUUCUAUGAUGGCUGAACUAAAAACGCGCGUUGAGGAAUUAAAAAUGGAGAAUGAAUACCAGUUGCGACUGAAGGACAUGAAUUACAACGAGAAGAUCAAAGAACUCACGGAGAAGUUUAUCCAAGAAAUGGAAUCGCUGAAAACCAAGAAUCAAGUUUUAAAAACAGACAAAGAAAAAGAGGAGGCAAAACACGAGGAAGAAAUUUCUGAUGUUCGAGAGAAACAUUCUCGUGAACUUCAGGAUUUAGAAUCAGCAAAUAACCAGAAAUUAAUGUCUGAGUAUGAAAAGUAUCAGGAACUACAGUCGAAGAGUCAGAAAAUGCAAGAAGACUAUGAUCGACAAUUGGAAGAAAUGGAAGCGUCGAAAGGACAAGCUUUGUCCGAACUUACAGAAUAUUUUGAAACAAAACUACAAGAAAAGACUGGCCAUCUGGAGCAGUCUCAAGACGAAUCAAGACAGCAGGUGCGCGAACAUGAAGAAACAAAACGUCAAAUAGAAGAAGACGCUGACCGUGAAAUACUUGAUAUAAAGAAUAAAUACGAGCGACGUUUGAGAGAAGAGAAAGAACAAAAUUUAAGAUUGAAGGGAGAGACAGGAAUCAUGAGAAAGAAGUUUACCAGUCUUCAAAAGGAAAUUGAUGAUUACAAGACUGAGAUUCAGCGUCUCCACGGGGAACAAAACAAACUGCAAGGUGUUAUCAAGUCCUUGGAAAAGGAUAUUUAUGGAUUAAAGAAAGAAAUUCAAGAACGAGAUGAAACCAUACAAGAUAAGGAGAAACGUAUUUAUGAUUUGAAGAAGAAAAAUCAAGAACUGGAGAAGUUCAAAUUUGUCCUGGAUUACAAGAUCAAAGAACUAAAGAAGCAGAUUGAACCAAGAGAGAAUGAUAUAAAAGCGAUGAAGGAACAAAUACAAGAGAUGGAAAGUGAAUUAGAACGGUUCCAUAAACGUAACACAUCAUUAGAAUUAAAUAUUGAUGUGCUGCGUCAAAAGUUGAAAGCAACAGACAAAGAGAUGCAUAUGGAGAGACAAAAGGUUACCGACAUCGAGGCGGUAGUAAAACGGUUCAAAACAGAUCUUUAUAAUUGUGUUGGAUUCAUACAAGAACCUAAGAAAUUAAAGGAAAGUGUGAAGCAGUUGUACCAGAAAUAUGUUCAAGACGAUACGAACGAGUCGUCGGCCAGUGUUGACGCAGAUAUUCAGCGUGAGUACGCGCGUCAAAGAGAGCACUUGGAACGCAGUGUAGCUUCCUUAAGGAAGAAACUUGAAAAAGACAACGAAAUUCAUCGUGCAGAUAAUGUCAGAAUUAUGCAGGAAAAUGUUUCACUGAUCAAAGAAAUAAACGACCUCCGCAGGGAGCUGAAGAUCGCUCGCACUCAAGUACACGACCUCGAAGCAGCCCUCGGGGUAAUGCGUCGAACACAAGGAAGUGGUGGAAAAGGAGCGAAGUCAGCUCCUACGAGAAAGAACGCCUCACGGGAGAGCGCAUCCGAUGAUCUAGAGAAAAUCAUCACCAUUCAAAAGAAUGAAAUAAGAAAGUUGCGUGAACAAAUUCAUGAGUUGGAGAAUCUUACCGUAAACAGACCACCGUCAGGAGGACGACUUCCUCCGGUAAAUUGAUGAACCAUUGUAUAAAUGUCAUGUAAUAUAGCUACCGCUUUAGAUAUUUGGCGCAAAAAUAAUCUCACAGAAAAGAACUUGGUAAUAUAUAUUUGUACGUAGUAAAAACGUGUAUAUAUUAAAAUGCGAUUCAUUGAAAUUGAAAAAGGCA